UUCAGUUUUCUUCCUUCAGCAACCUGAAUAUCUUAAAAUCUCAACUGCAAACAAAGUUCUUAGCUACCAUUCAAAAGAAAUCUUAGUAUUUCAGUACCCAACAAAGCUUUCCUAGUGUUUUCUCGUACCAAGUCUUUUGCCAAGUACUUUCUACUUAAACAUAGUUUGCUGCAAAUUGUUAAGCUGAAGAAAAUGCCGAAGAAGAACAGUGAUGUCGCUCAAAGAGCAUGGAGACUCCUGCGUCUAGCAUUGUUAUGGACAAGAAAAGGUGGGGUAUUCAAAAGACGGCUUAUGAUGGAGCUACGGUUGGUGCCUAAGUUUCUCAAAGGCCUUGGACAUACAACAGCUCCUCGUGACCAAAUCAGCUAUUACAAGGAACGCGAGCUUUCCUUCGAUGAGACCCCCAUUUUCCACGUUAAGAUGCACCGUCCUGCUUCCAUGCGGUUCCUUCUCCCUUGCAUUAGCGCUGAGGAAGUAGAUUUUGAUUACGAUUUUGGUAUCGAUGAAAAUGGAGUUUACGGGUAUGAUAGUGGAAGGAAGAGCUACUCAACAGGCUCUGAGGCUAAAGACAAAGAAUGUGGAUAUGAGGGUUGUGAUGAGAAGAGCCCAUAUCCAUUAGAGGAAGAAGGGAUUGAUUCAAAGGCGGAGAAGUUCAUAGCUAAGUUUCAUGAGCAAAUGAAGUUACAAAGACAAUUUUCAUAUUUGGAAUAUACUGAAAUGCUUAACAGAGGCGCAAGUUGAAUCUUGGGGUCUUCGAGAAAUCAGCGUCCUUUUCAAGUUCAUAAUUUCGCAUAUUCUGCACCUUUUCCUUUUUUUUUUUUUUUGAGUCUGCGGCUUUUGCAGAAAAUUUUUUCGCUAGAGAUCAGACACUGCUUCUUUUUGUUAUUUUUGUAAAUAACGAGGAUUCGAGCGUUCACAAAUUUAUCAAUAAGAACUGAAAAAAAAUUGGAUGUUGA